UGCUCUGGCACCCCACCCCCCACCACGCCAACGGCCUGUCCGCGCGGUAGGGCACGAAGGGCGCUCACCGGGCCAGGUAAAUAAUCACACAGGAAUAAAGUGGCUAUCUAUGUUCAGUGAAACAUGAAAAUGGCCAGUCCUUUAAGAGGGGAAGUACUGAAUCUUUACAAAAAUCUGCUGCACCUGGGAAGGGAAUAUCCCAAAGGAGCAGACUACUUUAGAAGCCGUUUGAAGGCAGCUUUCCUAAAAAAUAAGGACGUGAAAGAUCCUGAACAAAUUAAACAACUAAUUGCACAAGGAGAAUUUGUUAUAAAAGAGUUAGAGGCCCUGUACUAUCUGAGAAAGUACAGAGCUAUGAAGCAGCGCUACUACAAGGAUGACAAUGAGUGAUCUGUAGCAUUGUUGAGUAUUCACAUGUAAUAAUACAGGCUCAAGUAAUUAGGAUGAAUGAAUAAAACAGAAUGAUUCUCUCAAAGGCAAUGAAAUGCAAGCCAUCUGAAAUACAUGGGUGUAUCACAUCUAUAACUAUUUCACUGCACUUCAAGGGGUUACCUGGAUGAUUUGGCUAUCAGGAGUAUAAGGGCCAUGCAGGUGUAAUUUUAUACCGACAGCUCAGAGGGUUACUUAGUCCUAGUCCUCCCUGAACUGAAGCUCAAUUUGUA